AUGACAGGACGAAUGAUGCGUGUGGCCGGUGUGGAGCAGCAGACCAUGAUAAACGCAUAUGCUGGGAUGUGUAAGACCACAUUGAAGAGACGUUUUGGAACACCAUAUGAUAAUCAACGGAAGCGACCACGAACCUCACAGUCCCAGGUGAGCGCCAUCGAUGAGAAGGAGACUAAGUGUCACAGCGACAACAGUUGGUCGAACUGUUUAAAAAUAACUGGUGAACCAGAAGGAGAAGAAACCGUAUCAUGUCUAGUUGGGGAAUCCCAGCUGCAAAUGAUAAUUGACUCCGUAUCACGAAAUUUUCCAGAGGCGGCUGGAGGAAUUGUUAGCAAUGCUCUGAACUAUAUUGACUAUGUCAUCGUCUUCGGCAAAAACGAAGAAAAACACGACAAGGCGCUAACUGCGGUUCUGGAAAUUUUUGAUACCCACAAAGUUGUUUUGAAUAAGCAAAAAUGUGUGUACAAAACAACAAAACUCAAGUUUCUUGGCCAUAUUCUAUCGGACCAUGAUAUCGAAGCGGAUCCGGAGAAAGUUAGAGUGAUCACAGACUUCCGUGCUCCAAAAACUAAGGAGAAGACAAGGAGUUUCCUAGGCCUCGUAACAUACGUGGGGAAAUUUAUACCCGAUCUCGCCAACACGACGGAGCCACUGAGAAGAUUGAUAAAGGCGAAUACCAAAUUUGAUUGGACCAACAAAGAACAGCAAGCCGUUAAAGAAACAACCGUUGCAAGUCCAGUGGCAAUGGGAACUGUUCUGGUACAGAUUGAUGAUCACAACGACCAUCGUAUCGUAUCGUUCGCCAGUAAAAGCCUAACUUAUGUUGAAAAGAGAUAUUCGCAAACGGAGAAAGAAAGCUGGGCACUGUCCCACCGAUUCCGAGUCAUCUAUAAAGCAGGAAAGGAAAACCGCGCAGAUUCCGUGUCGCGUCUUUGUCAACUUACAGAAGCGGUAGCUUUCGACUGGCAGGAUGAGCAGAAUAACUUUCAAAUUGUAGCCAAAGGAGUACCAAAGUCUCUAGACAUAUCGGAAAUCAUGGGAAAAAGAGCAGCUCCUUCGGAAUUGAUGUUUAACCGGAUCAUUAGAGACAAGAUACCGGAUGUUCGAGACUUUGUGGGUGAAGUCGGUGAAUCCUCGGAAAGAGACUUGGAUUGCUGGAACAAACAGAAAGGAAAAGAGAAAGCAGACAGGGAAGAGGCGCCACAGCAUCGGAUAUCCAACCCGGAGACAAAAUUGUGCUGA